AUGUGUUCUGCUAUGGCAAUUCCGAUCCGCCGUCUCCCCUAUCCAGUUCUUCGAUCGGUCUUCAAACAAAUGGAUCCAGAGUCACUCGUUAACUUCAUUCGUACCAACAAAAGCUCCACCAAACUUCUUCCUGGCAUGUCGGCCUCCGUUUCCGUAUAUUACAACAGCAAAGACCCUUACAUCGUCGUCACCACUGCUUCUGGGAUUCAGUCGGAACUUCCUAUUGGAGACUAUAGGAAAUUGACGAAAGUGUUCAAGUGGAUCGAAUUGGAUUGUCUUAAAAUCGUGGUCAGCGAUAGAUUCAAGUGUCUCCGACUCCUAAGUCUGCUAAAACACUGCAAAUUCACUUCCUGCAACUAUCUCAUCAUUGAGCCAGUUGAGGAGGGAUUCGUAUUGAGGAAACAAGCUCUUAAGGAUAUCAUGAAGCAGUUGAGAACCAUUAAUCAGAUGAUAAUCGAAGUUUCAAUGGAAGAACUCCCAGAGAACAUUGACACCUCUUUGGCGGUGACAGUGACAAAUGGCGAUCUCUUGGAAGAUCACGAGAUAAUGUUCAUCGAUGCCGAGGAGAUUUUGGUGGAUUCCAGCAGAAUCGGGGACACCGGAGCCAAUCUAAUCAUCAAAAACUGGAUGGCUCACGGAGAGAAUCUCCGUUACUUGGAACUCAGACUGGCGGAUGAGUGGAAGAUGUUCGAGGACGAUCACUUGGGAAUGGAAUGGCUUCUAUUCGAUUUGGAAUUUCAAAUUAGAGGAGAAGGACGAUUUGAGACGAAGCAUUUGGGAAAUGUGCUCAAUUUCGAGGAAGGAUUCGAUAUCGAGAGGGAUGAUGGGAAGAAGGCGACGAUCGUCAGGACUCCGGACACACUUUAUUUCAUGGUUUGGGAUUAA